CACAUGCAAAGUCAAAUAUAUCUUUGAGUUUUUUUAUUUAUUUAUUUUUUUUACAUAAAGUGAGAGGAAAUACGUCUUUUUGCCGACGAGUUCACAGCCGACAAAGUUUUAGAUCCUGAUCGACUUUAUGACUGACAUGAGUGAUAUUUAAGCUGCACUCGUGAGAAUUAUGAGUUAAUUAUGCUAUUCAGGAACUGUGACGAAAUCAUUAAAAAGGAGGAAGAAGAAGAAGAAGUGAUGGUGCACCCGCUACGAAAUUAACCCAGAACCCGACUAAAAAAUGACGCUGAUUUUAAAUAAGAGGACACAUUUUAAAUGACUUCCAGUCUUUGAUGAACUUCUCUGUUAUUUUACCAUGCGUAACAGAUGGAUACGCCGGAGGUUGCUUGUCUUGAUUUUUACUUUCUUCAUCAUUCUCUACGUGGAUUUUCAGCUACAAACCAGCAGCAUUCCCAAACUCACCGUGGUUCACCAUCCAUCAACCGGUGCGCUCCACCACCGGUCCAUCCAGCAGGAUGCCUCUUCGGCCAAGGACGCGCAGAACCCGACUAAAAAUACCAGAAGCAGUGGCGAAACUAUAUUUGCUCAUGGAAACGAAGGGCACUCGGUGUCUGAGGUCGCACAUGUCAGCCAGCCGAAACUAAAGCUGGAGGACAUCUACAUAGCUGUGAAAACCACCGGCAGGUUCCACAGAACGCGCCUCGCGCUUCUUUUGGAGACCUGGAUCUCCAGAACCAAAGCGCACACAUUCAUUUUCACAGACACAGAGGAUGCAGACCUGAGUUCAGAAGGUUAUAACAUGGUGGUAACAGGCUGCCAGUCAGACCACAGUCAGCAGGCUCUGUCCUGCAAGAUGUCUGCAGAGUACGACGGUUUCAUGGCCUCAAACAAGAGGUGGUUUUGUCAUGUGGACGAUGAUAACUACGUAAACCCGGAGGCUCUCCUCUCCCUUCUCUCAGCCUUCACCCAGGAAGGUGACAUCUACGUGGGUAAACCGAGCCUGGAUAAGCCCAUCACUGCUCAUGAACUGCUGGAGGGCAACAGAACGAGGGAGGUGCGGUUUUGGUUUGCAACAGGUGGAGCAGGUUUCUGUCUGAGUCGAAGACUGGCAGAAAAGAUGUCUCCAUGGGCCAGUGGCUCCCAGUUUGUGAAAACAUCGGCUAAGAUCCGUCUUCCUGAUGACUGCACCGUGGGCUUCAUUGUGGAGAAGAGACUGGGAAUCUCCAUGGUCCACUGUCCCUUAUUUCACUCGCACCUGGAAAACCUGCUGCUCAUCAGCCAGAGAAGCAUACCACAGCAGGUGACACUGAGCUAUGGGAUAUUUGAGAACAAGAUGAACAGCAUUGAGGUAAAAGGGAGCUUCUCGAAGGAGGAUGACCCUCCAGGUUUAAGACCGUCCACUGCAUGCUGUAUCCCCUUACCAGCUGGUGCCCAUGAGUACCCGCUAAAGACUACAACAUCCAAACAUCUGAGACAAUGCUGGAAUCCAGCUGGAUGCAGUACUUGAGUACCUGAGGAUUGUUUUAUGUGCAGAUUCGUUUUGAUGGAACAGUUUGGGAUGCAGAAAAACAUAACUGGAGAAGCAGGAAAAAAGGUGACGCACUAUGAAGCUGGUUCUCAACAACACCUCCCAUACCAUGAUCAACACAGACUCAUCAACAUAGACUGUAUACAUAGACUGGUUGGUUUUUGGAUGCCCAUUUUGAAGCCACGGUUCACGUCACGGCCAGUGUUGUGCUGGCCUUUUAAAGCCAGAAAUGACUGUAUUUAGACAAGAUGUUGGAGGUAUCAGCAAGCUUAGUUAGCAAGGCACAUCCAUAGAGUCUAUGGGUGCAUUACAUAGACAGAUACUGUUUUUUUUUAGUGCUCAGUACCAUACAAAUAAAUACAAAAAUUUCACUCUCAAAAAACAUCAUGGAUGAGCUACACCCCAGAGCAGGCCUCAUUAUUUGUAAGAUAAGGAACUAGCCCCACAAACACAGCUGAGCUAUCUAGGUCAGUGACUCAAGUGGCUACCUAAAGAACUGCAGUUUUUUUCUUCAUUUUGUGCGGUCACUCAGUGAUCAUACCAGCUCACAACCAGUCAAAACUUGGGACUUACAAAAAAGUACGAAGUACAGACUUCUUCUACUUUGAAUCUGUUUUAAAUGCUAAAAUCACAUUUGUACAUGAAAUGUAUGUUUUUUUGUUUUGCUUUGUUUGGAAUAUUUUAUGUGAGACGUGAGCACUUUUGUUAUUUUCCUGGCAAAUGGGAAAAAAAGAGAGAAAAUUUAACAAAUCUAUGUGGGCAGAGAUUCUCUCUGCAGUUUAAAUUGAAAUGAUCUUUACUUGUUUUUCUAAUUUCUUUGUUAUCACUGAAAGUUAAUGAAGAUUAAAAUGACAGGCUUUACCUGCAAGACCUAAACUUACCUCAGGGGGUGCUGAUGCGCUGUCUUUAAUAUUAUAAAGGGGACGCUGUCCUCAUUCCUGUGAAGUCUGCACAGAAUGAACCAUCGUGAGCCACAUCUUCCUCCUUAUCCGCCCUUCUCUCACUCCUCCCAUUCUUCCCUCCACCCCUCAAUUCAUCCUUUCCCUCUAUUUAUUUACUCAGCCUUCUCCACAGUUAUUGUGCUCCUUGAAAACCGGAACUAAAACGAGUAAAAUAACUUCCAUUCA